CCCGAUGUGAGGCGGCGGCGCCCCCGGCCCGAGCGCGCACCAUGGGGGCCCCGCUCGCCGUGGCGCUGGGCGCCCUCCACUACCUGGCACUUUUCCUGCAACUCGGCGGUGCCACGCGGCCCGCCGGCCACGCGCCCUGGGACAACCACGUCUCCGGCCACGCCCUGUUCACAGAGACGCCCCACGACAUGACAGCGCGGACCGGCGAGGACGUGGAGAUGGCCUGCUCCUUCCGCGGCAGCGGCUCCCCCUCCUACUCGCUGGAGAUCCAGUGGUGGUACGUGCGGAGCCCCCGGGACUGGGCCGACAAGCAGGCCUGGGCCUCCAACCAGCUAAAAGCUUCUCACCAGGAGGACGCAGGGAAGGACGCCACCAAAAUAAGUGUGGUCAAGGUGGUGGGCAGCAACAUCUCCCACAAGCUCCGGCUGUCGCGGGUCAAGCCCACGGACGAGGGCACCUAUGAGUGCCGCGUGAUCGACUUCAGCGACGGCAAGGCCCGGCACCACAAGGUCAAGGCCUACCUGCGGGUGCAGCCCGGCGAGAACUCGGUCCUGCACCUGCCCGAAGCGCCUCCGGCCGCGCCCGCCCCGCCGCCGCCCAAGCCGGGCAAGGAGCUGCGGAAGCGCUCGGUGGACCCCGAGGCCUGCAGCCUCUAGCCCGCCCGCGGUACAGAGUGCAUGAGGGCCGCCGGGCGCUGGGGACAGGACUGCCUGCGGCCGCCUCCCGGCCCGCGGCGCCGCCGGCCUCUGCCCAGCACCCCGCUCAGCAUGUGACCCCGCCCGCCCCCCAGACCCCGCUCCCCGGCUCGGAGAAGGUGGUCCAGGGCUCCAAGGGGACACGCUCUGGGCGCUGGGAUGGGGACCAUGCCAGGCCUGGGCUUCCCCUCUCUGUCACCAGCUUCAGUGGAGUCCCGUGUUUUGCUUUGCUUGCUUGUCCCCACCCUGUCCUGAGCCGGGCCUCCCAGCCUUAUCGCCCUCCCUCCUGUGGUCCCCGCUUGGCCCUGGGGUGUGGACAGUGACCCCUCCCGACUCUGGCCUCGAAUCCUCUGAACAGAGCUUGAGCCUCUUCCCUGGUGAAGAACUGGGGCGGGAGCCCCCAGGAGAGCCUUUCUGGGGUGGGGUGGCCCGCAGCAGGGCCACUCACAGGACCCUGGGAGACCCGUGGGGUACCCUCCCUGAGGCCCUUCCUGGUCAGCUUCUUUAUUCCUGAAGACGCCCCGGCUUCCCUUCCAGGGCGGUGGGAUCCAGGGACCUGCCUGAUCACAUAGCCCCUGGGAGGUCCCCGCUGCCCCAGGGCCCCACGCAGAGUUUGCACCAGCAGGACCCCGUCCAGGGUCUUCGAGGCUCUUAGGAGCCCCCCUCUGCCAGCCCCCAAUGUCCCAGCCCCCUCUUGGAUCCUGCCAAGUCUACCCAGGGGCCUGGGACUGUUGAGAGCCAAGGGCCCCCCUCCACCAAUUCCCUCACCAUUCCAGAUCAGGGGGACACCCACCCUGGUGAGUUGUAAAUAUUUCUAUUGGGCCCACCACCCCACCCCCACCCCGGGAACUGGCUCAAACCUCUGGCCGCCCUCAGCGAUGGUCCGGGUGUGGGAGAGGCCCAGGGCUUGCCUAGGGGUGAGUGGGUCGCUCUGUACACAUGAUCCAGUCUGUGACUACCAGCCACCUGAAUAAAGCUGUUUAAAACAAA